CAAUGUCGUAAAUAAAACCUCCAAUACCAAAGUCAUAGUUUUAUGAGACGAUUCGGCUUGGCUCUCGGGGGUAAAAUGAUGAAAAUGAUAGACAUCGGUGCAAACUUAACAGAUCCAAUGUACCAGGGAAUUUAUAACGGCAAAGUAAAACACGAACCGGAUCUUUCGCACGUGCUGAAUCGUGGCUGGUCUGGUGGCUUAGAUAAAAUCAUUGUUACCGUGGGAACGCUUUCGGACUGUGGCUCCGCAUUUGAUAUUGUUAAGAAUGAUGAGAGACUGUACUGCACUGUUGGUGUCCAUCCAACUUAUUGCGGCCAAUGCGAGGCGGAUCCGGAUGCCUAUUUCGCAUCCUUGUGUCAUGAGAUUGAGAGCCAUCGCGAUAAGGUGAUCGCGAUCGGUGAGUGCGGCUUGGAUUACGAUCGGUUGCAUUUCUGCGAAAAGAACGUUCAGCAACGUUACUUCGAAAAGCAGCUGGAUUUGGCGGAAAAAUACAAUCUGCCGCUGUUUCUACACUGUCGCAAUGCACAUGUUGAUUUGAUUGCGAUUUUGCUGCGCAAUCUCCAACGACUGCCGAAGCGUGGCGUAGUGCACUCGUAUGACGGCCCGUUGGUUGCGGCUGAGGCAUUGAUAGCCGCAGGAUUCUACAUAGGUCUCAAUGGGUGUUCACUAAAGACGGAGGAUAAUCUUGCGGUGGCUGGAAGUAUACCAGACGAAUGGAUUAUGAUUGAAACCGAUAGCCCAUGGUGCGAGAUUCGGCCGUCCCAUGCCGGAUCGAAGUACGUGAAAAGCAAGUUUCCGACCGUGAAGAAAAAAGAAAAAUGGGACCCGAACUCCCUCAUUGCUGGACGCUGUGAGCCAGUAAUGAUUUGCCAAGUUCUCGAAGUGCUAGCUGAUGUGAAAAAAAAAUCAAUUUCUGAACUUGCUGCGCAGUACUACAACAACACGAUGCAAAUGUUUUUUUCUGUUUGAGACACGCUUAAAAGCAUUGGUUUGGUAAAGAAAAUAAAUCCAAUGUUGCACUAAGAAAGAAGUUCAGCUGAAAACACGUCACAAUUUCAAAUAUACGGAAACACAUGCAUUGGCCAUAGCACUAUUCAUGUUCACGGUGCAAGCAAUCGGGAGUGAAUCAAUUCCAUUUCUUGUACUCGCAACCAUCCGGCGGUUGAACCUCCACCUGCUUGGCGCCAACCUCGGCCCAGUUGGUGCUGAGAACGGUACCGCCCGAUUCGUAGUACGACUUCAUCAUUGCUUUCUUGG